AUGCUAUCGUUAUUAGAUAAUUCGCUUCGCGCAGUUAACUUUGUGUUUUUAAUCAUUGUGCUCGGUUUGACCGGUAACUUGAUUGCUACCAGACACCGUGUGAGUUCGAGAGUGAACUUUGCGUUGUUUGCUGCCGUCUUCGGUAUGGUGUUCGACUCCAUCUACGCAGUGCUAGCCAACUUCAUUUCGGCGUUCGCAUGGCCAAUCCUAUUGGUGACAUGGGACUUUUUGAACAUGGUCUUCACCUUCGCUGCAGGUACAGCCUUGGCUGUCGGUAUUCGUGGUGGCUCCUGUUCCAGCCGUCACUUCGUGCGUAAGAACAAGAUUUCUGAAAACUCCAAGGACAGAUGUCGUAAGGCCCAGGCCUCGACGGUGUUCCUCUACUUUUCUUUCUUCAUUUUCUUGGUGAAGUUUGUGUUGAGUGUCAUCAACGUCAUUUCCACCGGUGGUUUCGGUACAACUUCUACAAGAAGAGGUGGUGUUGGUGCUCCAACCAUUGCUCAGAUCUGA